AUGCCAAUAAAAUAUCAGGUCGGUAUCAAUGUGCGUGGAUUGGCACGCAUUGUUUUGGUCGGAUUGGUUGCGGCUCCUCAAGAUGCCAUCGACGCAUCCUUCGCGCACUCCAUGGUACUGGAUGGAGACUCAUCCUUUGAACACGGAAUACAGAUGAGCCCAGAUUUUAUUGACCUAGGUGCCAUGAAGUUUGAAACCCCGAACAUGAAGGGCGCUGUGAUCCUCAUCAGAUCUGAAAUAGAAGCCUGCGUGGGAAAAGUAGCGGACAUGUUGACAGCGGACAAACUUUAUCGACUCCAACCGAUCCAAUGGCCAGCGCUGAAUAUCCCAUAG